UCGCUAGGGGCCGAGAGGAGGAGCUUGGCGUGGCGGCAUGCGACCGCGACCGCCUUCUCCGCUACGCUGGGGGCGGGCUCCCGACCUAGAUCUCCCUGAGUCCAUCGGCUGCCUUCCAGACGUGUCAUCAUCACGGUCAAAUCUAAGUGAUAGGGCACCGGGAAAGGCCAAGCUCGCCUGCGCGGGGUGGAGAAAUCACACUAAUCCGGUUUCCUGCGUCCCAGCAGGUCCCGCUUGUCAUGGGGGAGGUGGAAAUCUCGGCCCGGGCCUACGUGAAGAUGUGCCUGCACGCGGCCCGGUACCCGCACGCUGCGGUCAAUGGACUAUUGCUGGCGCCAACGCCGCGGGCUGGAGAAUGUCUGUGCCUCACCGAUUGUGUGCCCCUUUUCCACAGCCACCUGGCCUUGUCCGUCAUGCUGGAGGUCGCCCUCAACCAGGUGGACGUGUGGGGCACACAGGCCGGUCUGGUGGUGGCUGGGUACUACCAUGCCAAUGCAGCUCUGGAUGACCAGAGCCCUGGGCCCCUGGCCUUGAAAAUUGCUGGGCGAAUUGCAGAAUUCUUUCCUGAUGCAGUACUUAUUAUGUUGGAUAAUCAGAAACUGGUUCCUCAGCCUCGAGUGCCUCCAGUCAUCGUCCUAGAGAACCAAGGUCUCCGCUGGGUCCCCAAGGACAAGAACUUAGUGAUGUGGAGGGACUGGGAAGAGUCACGGCAAAUGGUGGGAGCACUACUAGAGGGCCGGGCCCACCAACACCUUGUGGACUUUGACUGCCACCUUGAUGACAUCCGGCAGGAUUGGACCAACCAACAGCUGAACAUCCAAAUUACCCAGUGGGUUAGUUCCACAAAUGAAAAUGUCUGAGCUAGGACCAGAGGGUUCAGGAUCCAAUAAAGAGACUUGGGCUGGUGGGCAA